ACCCAAAUUUCCCUCUUCGCCGUUGAUCACAAACAUCUGUAUUCUUUUCUUCUCUUAAUCAAGCGGACCAAAAAAAAGUCGUCAGAUUGGAAUUCAAGAUGAAGUAGAAUAGUUUUCCAAUUUUCUUUUAAUAUUAUUUUUGGUUGUAAUAAAUUGAGGGGUGGAGUGAAGCUCUGAUUUUUUUGUUCAUAUAUGUAUUGUUUAUUUUGGGCACAAGAGAGUUAUUGGGUGAAUGAGCGAAAACCACUAAACGGCUAUAAUUGAUUGCAGAGGGCAAGCUGCCAUUGGAGGAGCUCCAGUGUUUUCCUUUUUCUUUGCGAAUUUGCUUUUCUGGAUAUUUUGGGGUCUGGAUUCCUUUGAUCUGGGUGCCAAAAAUCUCUGGAAAAUUCAAGGAAUCAACCCCACAUUUUUUCUUUUUCAAUUUUUCCAGCGGUAUUGGGUUCCUUGUCGGAAGUCUCUGGUGGGAUGUUAAUCAUGUCUGAUGGGUAUUCCAGUUCGAAGAAAACUGAUGAUAUAUGUCAAGAUGUCUGCGCUCAGCAUGCAACACGAGCAGCAUUGGCCAUGUCUAGAUUGCGGUGCAUUUUGCGGGGCUAUGAUGUGAAGACUUAUAUUGUUGUGUUCUUGAUUCUACCACUAGCCCUCUUUGGCUUAUAUUUGCAUGUACAGAAAGUCACCUACUUCCUAAGACCACUGUGGGAUUCUCCACCAAGGCCUUUCCGUGAAAUCCCUCACUUUUACCAUGAGAAUGUGUCAAUGGAGACCCUUUGUAACCUUCACGGGUGGAAAAUUCGUGAAUCCCCAAGAAGAGUCUUUGAUGCAGUGUUGUUCAGCAAUGAGAUAGAUAUCCUCAGAAUUCGAUGGAAUGAAUUGUAUCCCUAUGUAACAGAAUUUGUGCUCCUCGAGUCAAACUCAACAUUCAGUGGCCUACCAAAACCAUUGAUUUUUGCAACCAAUCGGCACAAAUUUAAAUUUAUUGAGCCUCGUUUGACCUAUGGGGUGGUUGGUGGGAGAUUCAAGAAAGGUGAGAACCCAUUUGUUGAAGAGGCAUAUCAGAGGGUUGCUUUAGAUCAACUUCUGAGAAGAGCAGGCAUAGAAGAUGAUGAUUUACUGAUUAUGUCUGAUGUGGAUGAGAUCCCUAGUGCCCAUACAAUUAAUCUCUUGAGGUGGUGUGAUGACAUCCCGCCUGUCCUUCAUCUUCAGUUGAGAAAUUUCUUGUACUCUUUUGAGUAUCAUAUAGAUAACAAGAGCUGGAGAGCCUCCGUCCAUAUUUACAGGUCAGGCAAGACUAGAUAUGCUCAUUUUCGUCAAGCUGAUAUCUUAUUAUCAGAUGCAGGGUGGCAUUGCAGUUUUUGUUUUCGCUAUAUUAGGGAGUUCAUAUUUAAGAUGAAAGCUUACAGCCAUAAUGAUCGGGUUAGGUUCUCUCACUUCCUCAACCCCAAAAGGAUUCAGGAUGUAAUCUGCAAAGGGGCUGACCUUUUCGACAUGCUUCCCGAAGAAUACACCUUCAAGGAGAUCAUUGGGAAAAUGGGGCCAAUCCCUCGUUCUUAUUCAGCGGUUUAUCUCCCCCAAUAUUUGUUGAAUAAUGCAGAGAAGUACAAGUAUCUCUUGCCUGGUAACUGUAAAAGAGGAAGUGGCUGAGUUCAUAGUAAGUGAGUUGUUUUAUUAAAGGUCAGAACCACUGAUGGGGCUUGCACCAACAAGGCUGCUAUUGGAUAUGUGGUGGCUAUGGUGUGCCUUUAGUAGAGCUAUACCAUUUUUCAACAUUAUGGGAUCUUCAAUUGUGAGGGGAAACUUCUUAUAUUCCUUUCCUGGGGUUGGGUUUCUUCUGAUAUGGAAGCAUGUCCAAUUUUCCCUGUAGAGUGCUUGUAAUGAAGAGAUGGAUAGAUUUACCAGUCUGGCACGUUUACAUGCCAUCUUGUGAAGAUAGAUGGAUAGUUCCCCUGAUCUAGAUUGACAUCUCCCUGGUUUCCUUUGAUGGGAAUUUUGUGUUGUUAGAGUAAUUUAUUAGCAUAUCCCACUUACAGAUGAAUCAUUGCUGGAUCAACUAUUUUUUCCUUUGAACAUGCAUUAGGAUUGUGGUCAAUCGUCAAUGUGCCUUUUCUUUUAUUGAAGUCGAAUGAAAUCUCCCUAACUCA